AUGAAUCAGGUAGCGGAGGACAUCCGGUUCUCGAGGGAGGAUGCUGACGAGGACAAGGUCAAGGCGCUGGAGUUCCUGUUCCCCCGCGGCAGCCCCGCCUUUGUCAAAAUCCUGUCAGCGGAGCCGGACGGCUCCGGGGGCUUCAAGGUCAACGGCAGCAUGCGCGCGGUUGACCAGGAGAGCGGCGCCGAUCUGGACCCGACGGGGCAGCUGGCGGCGGCGGGCAGGGGCGGCGGCGGCCCCGGUGGCGGCGGCCCUGGCGGCGGGUCGGACGAGCCGCCUGAAGAGGGCAGCAUACACCGCGGCGUGGUGCGGCGCAUCGAGGCGUACGGCAUAUUCGUGGCACUUGAAGGAUUCCGCAAGCACGGCUUGGUGCACUCGUCACAGGUGUCGGGCUACCUGGAUCUGAGUACAGAGGAGGGGGACGAGGCCAAGAAGAAGGCCCUGGCGGAGGUGGUGGCUGUCGGGGAGCCAGUGUGGGUCAAGGUGGUCGAGGUGACCGACGACGACUCGGGCCGCGGCCCCCGCAUCGGCUGCUCGAUCAAACUAGUCAACCAGGCGGACGGCACCGACCUCGAUCCAGGCGGCACCCGCUACCGCCCCCGGCGCGACGCCAGCGGCGGCGGCGGCGGCGGCCGCGGAGGCGCGAUCGGGGCGGAUGCGGGGGCGGUGCGGGGCGGCGCGGUCGACUGGGGUUACAUUAAGGCGGAUACUAAGGAGUAUGGAAAAGGCGGCUACGAGAUAUUAGAGGACGAGCCCCCGCCUGGGCCGGGGCCGGGGCCCGCGGCAGGGGCAGCGGCGGCCUUUGCGGGCGGCGGCGGUGGGGCAGGUGCGCGAAACGGCUGUGAGGGCGGCAGGGUGUGA